GCUGCGCCUUGGAUUCGCCCGGCGCUGCGGCUCCCGACGACGUCGUGGAGGAAACGUUUGAGAAAGCAAUUCUGGAGUCUAGCAGACUGAACUUCCGCCUGCCUCUCCGAAGAAUCCAUUCGCUGCCGCAGAGGCUCCUGGGCUGCAGCCCCGCUCUGAAGAGAAACCACUCGGAUUCGCUGGAUUGCGAAGCAUUUCAGCUGUCGGAUCAAGAGGAAAACAAGGAGAACGAAUCAUUCGAGUUUAAGAAGCCAGCCAGGCCAGGUCCUCGCAGCUCCGUGCACGUCCAUUCCCGCGAUGGAAGAGAUGUCCUCGGCCAAAGGCCAAGCGCGUCCCCAGCCCACGCACUUCCCAGUGGAAAAGUACCCCCGGGUGAUGGGGAAAACCACAGGGCAGCUUUCCUGCAGCAGCCUUCCCUGACCUCCUCCGAGAGCGAAGAUGACGACGGCUUCCUGGAGCUCUUGGAUGAUCAAGACUUGCAGAACGACGAGGAGAUGCCGUCCGGCGUGGCGAGCCUCUGGACCGCGCCGCUGGUCAUGCGGAGAACGGACAAUCGGGGCAAGCGAUGCCGGCUGUUUGGUUCUUCAUCUCUGCUCAGUGGGGUGGGCAGAACCCCCCAGAAAAGAAUGGAGAGAUCCCAGGAGGAGAGUUCCCCAGGGAAGAGCAAGAAGCGGAGGAGCCUGCCAGGAACGCUCGCGGAAGAGUCAACGAGCUCCAAAAUAGUAAGGAGGCAAUCCUCGGCGGAGAUCGAGAGCAUUUUGGACAGUGACCAGAGAGACCUUAUUGGUGACUUCUCCAAGGGUUACUUAUUCCACACUGUCGAUGGGAAACAUCAAGACUUAAAAUACAUCGACUCGGAGAUGAUUGUGUCUGUGCUCACUGGGAAGUUUGCGAGCUUCAUCAAGGAAUGUGUGAUAAUUGAUUGUAGAUAUCCAUAUGAAUAUGAGGGAGGCCACAUUAAGGGUGCUGUGAAUCUGCACAUGGAGGAGGACGUGGAGGACUACCUGCUCAAGAAGCCGAUCGUGCCCUCGGAGAACAAGCGCGUGAUCGUAGUGUUCCACUGCGAGUUCUCCUCCGAGCGGGGUCCUCGAAUGUGCCGGUUCGUGAGGGAGCGAGACAGGCUGGGUAACGAGUACCCCAACCUCCACUACCCCGAGCUCUACGUUCUCAAGGGGGGUUACAAGGACUUCUUCACAAGGUGCCGGAGCUUCUGCGAGCCCCAGAGCUACCGCCCCAUGCACCACGAGGACUUCAAGGAAGACCUGAAGCGCUUCCGCACCAAGAGCCGCACGUGGGCCGGCGAGAAGAGCAAAAGGGAGCUGUACAGCCGCCUCAAGAAGCUCUGA